ACAUUGAGUUCCCUAGUCCCUAGCGUUUGACAAGGAAAGUUCCAGAAUGUUCGCGAGCAUUCAAACCACUUGUUUCGUAUAUCUUCGUAUAAUGUCAAAAUUCGCAAAACAGUGCGUUGUCUCACUUCAAUAUUCGUGGAUGUUAAAGACCGCCCAUCUAAAUACACGUUACCUAAAUGCGGCUGCUGUAAGGAUUUCGCGAGAGAUUAGGUUAGGUCAACAUUCGGUGAACAUGUACGAACGUGACAGUUUGCGAUUCGUUUGCAGUCUAGUAGGAAACGUGCUGUAGUUGCUGUCACAGGCUCAACAUUGAGAAGUUCUGAAGCUCAGAAAGAAUUUAAAUCUAUCGAUAUCAGAUGAAAUGGCAGAAAAUACAGAGCGAACGAACCAUCCUUGGAAUACUCUAAUGACUGUAACUACGUUCGAUCAGGGAAAUGUGGAAAGUAGUAACAUGAACUCGACCUUUUGUCUAAACAAUAAUACUGAAAAUUCAACCAAUGGACAAAUCACACAACGAGUAAAUUUUUCCUCUGGUGUUGUAAUUCAGUCUCUUGUAAAACAGAUAUGUUUUAUAUUAGAAAAGGAUAAAGCACGCAGAAAUAAAUUAUAUUAUGAUAUCUGUGAUCAGUUGUAUAAAUUACAAAUAAUUGAUAGGUCCUGCAAUAUGAUGGAAUUUGAGAGACUAAGGGAGAAAUAUGAACAUGCUCUUUAUCAACUGAUCAAAAUUGCACAUUCUGCAAAUGGAAGUGAAAAUCCUUUAUGUACACUUAGUAACUUAUCUGAAAUAUCUCGGUAUCGCCGGGAAUUUCAUGAAAUAAGCUUUAUUGCUAGUGGAGGAUUUGGUGAAGUUUAUAAAGCACAACAUCGUCUCGACGGUAUCGAUUAUGCAGUUAAAAAGAUAUCUGUAACCCCUAGGCAUGCAAAUACUUUAAAGCAGCAUCUAAAUGAAGUAAAAACAUUGGCUAAAUUAAAUCAUGCGAAUAUUGUUUCCUACAAAGCAGCUUGGAUUGAAGUAGCAACAAUCGAAAUGCCAUCCUUUAUUCACUCAUCAUUAAUAGAUAAUAAAUCAUAUAAGUCGCAUACUUCAGAUGACACAGAAGAGUCUAAAUCGUACAAUUUGCAGUCUACCAAGGAUUCAUACAGUAACGGAGAGCGGAUAGUCGAAGAAGCUAGUAUAGCAAAACAUAUCGAAGAAACCAGUUCAGACAUAGUAUCUUUCAGAAAUAGCAAGAAGAAUAAGAAUUUGAAUCAAACUGAAGAUAAUACUAAUCAUACCGAUCAUAAUUUGUAUGAGGAAUCCACCAGCCAAGAAGUAUGCACAUAUAUCUCCAAUGAAAAUCAUCAGUACAUGAUUUUGUACAUUCAAAUGUCCUUGUGUGAACAAACACUUGAACAGUGGAUGCGUGGUAGAAUAAAUGUAUCACCUGAACCAAUGAUUAAAGAAAUAUUGAAACAAAUUCUUUGUGGAAUCGACUAUAUCCAUUCCCAAAAUGUCGUGCAUCACGAUAUAAAACCACGUAAUAUAUUCAUUUCGAUGUCAGGACAACUUCAAAUUCAAUUGGGUGAUUUUGGUUUAGCUUGCCCGCUAAAGCCACAAGGAAAAAAAAGUCAUUCUGCAUGUGGUACUCAUAUGUAUGCAGCACCGGAACAAUUACAGGGAAAAUGUGAUCCAAAGAGUGAUAUUUAUAGUGUAGGAAUUGUUCUCAUCGAGCUUUUAAUUCCAACACAGACUCAAAUGGAAUUGAGCUCUAUAAUUCAUUGUUUAAAACAUGGUAACAUACCAACAGGUCUUCCCAUAGAGCGACAUAAAUGGAUUGCUUUCUUUUGCUUAGGCACAAAUGAUCAUACAAAUGGUGCAAGAGGAUCCUGUCAAACGACCAUGGACAAAAGAACUUUUGCAGAAUUUAAAAAAGGACGAGGAUAUGACAAUAACUGAAUUGAAAGCUACCGUUGUGAUAUUGGAAAAUGAUAUUCGCGAUAAGGAUAACAGGAUUCAAGACUUGGAGGAAAAAAUCGCAUUAUUAAAAAAGGAAGUUAAGAAGCUAAAAGAUCCACCCAAAGAUAUAAUAGAGUAGGCUGCUAUGUUAGAAGGAAAUAAAAGACUUGCCGACGGUAAUCAUAAUUUUUUUCACUCAAAUUCUUUUAUAGAAAGUAAUAACUCAUAAUUACACACAUGAUAAAAUAUAAUCAAUUCUUAAAUAUUUGCAGAUUUUAACUUUUUAAUUAAGCUUUUUUAUACUACCAUGGACGCAUAAUACAUUUGUAUAGAAUAAUUUUUACAUUGCUUACAUUUUCCAAGUAUUCAUUAUUUACAUUGAUCAGUAAGCUUAGCCAGUCAAGUUUUAAUCAUUAACUAUUUGACAUUAUUAAAUAUUAACUAUCUGAAGUUUAUGAAACAAGACUGUAAAACGAUACAAUAAGGCCUAUUAGAUAAGUUAACGUAACUAAAUCCAAGAUUGUGUUAUGUAGUAUAAAAUAUAUUUUUUAUUGUUACUAUGUGUAUAGUAUUAAUUACAUAUGUACAAAGAUUUUUACUGUAUUUAUUAAAAUUUAUAUAUACAAAUA